AUGGCAAAGGCAUACCGUAAGGAGGAUUUUGAUAAAUUAAUGACUAAGGUGGUAAAAGUUGAUCAUAGGGUGAAGGAUUACCUUGAGGAUGUUGGAUAUGAGAAGUGGUCAAGAGUUCAUUCACCAGUAAACAGAGGUAGAAUGAUGACUUCGAACAUCACAGAAUGUAUCAAUGGCUACCCUGUUGAGGCACGUCAGUUACCUAUAUUAGUUUUUUUGGAGAGGUUAGAAUUCUAUUUGGUUCUUGAAACUGUUGUUCCAUCGUCUGAAUAUAUUUUCUCGGUUUAUAAAGCUCGAAGAAGAUACAUUGUAUGCCUUGAGCGGAAACCUGAUGCAUUAGCAAAAACAUCUGAGAUUGCUAUGGUUCCAAUGCCAGAUAAGGAGGAUUUGUCAGUUCCAGACUAUGUUUUAGAUGAAAUUAUGUUGCCACCUAGAUACAAAGAUUGGUUGGACAACCAAAGAAACGAAGAAAAAAAGAUGCAGAUGAGAAGAUAA